AUGUUCAACGAAAAUCGUCAGAAGCUCGCAGAGCGGAUGCGAGCCAGGCUGGAAGGUCGGGAAGAACAUGCCAUCGUGCUUCUACAGGGCGGGGAGUCUCAGAUGCGCCACUGCACCGACCACGAGGACGUGUUCAGGCAGGAGAGUUACUUCUCAUAUCUUUUCGGAGUCAUUGAGCCCGGAUUCUACGGCGCUUUGGACGUGUCAGUGCAACCAGCACGUUCGUUCCUCUUCAUGCCUCACCUCCCGGACUCGUAUGCUGUGUGGAUGGGUCCUCUGCACACGCAGCAGCAGAUCAAGGACAAGUAUGGAGUGGACGAGGUGCACUAUAUCGAGGAUAUGGCAGCAGUGCUGAAAGCAGCAGCAGGGAGUGGCGGCGGUAGCUUGCCGACUCUCUUCCUCUUGAAGGGGAUUAACACCGACAGCGGCAACUCCUGCAAGCCAGCCCACUUUGAGGGCAUAGACGCGUUUCCCCAGGACCUGACCGUGUUGCACCCAGAGCUGAGCGAGUGCCGCGUGAUCAAGUCUGAGGAGGAGAUCCGUGUGAUGCGCUAUGCUGCUGCUGUGUCGUCUGACGCUCAUGUGGAGGUGAUGCGGAGGGUCAAGCCCGGCAUGAUGGAGUAUGAGAUGGAAGCAGAUUUCCUGCACCAUGCGGCUGUGGCUGGGGGGUGUCGCCUAGCUGGGUACACAUGUGUGUGCGGCACGGGUCCCAACAGCAGCAUUCUGCAUUAUGGUCACGCUGGCGCUCCUAAUGAAAGGGAGUGCAGAGAUGGGGACAUGGCGCUCCUAGACAUGGGGGCAGAGUAUUUCACAUAUGGUGCCGACAUCACCUGCUCUUUCCCUGUCAACGGCACAUUCACUGCAGAUCAACGGCUGGUGUAUGAGGCAGUCUUAGCAGCACAGAGGGCCGUCUUUGGCGCAAUGAAGCCAGGAGUCAGCUGGGUGGACAUGCACAGGCUGGCGGAGCGAACAAUUCUGGAGCACCUCAAAGAAGGGGGUUUGCUGCAGGGGUCAAUCAAUGACAUGAUGGCACAGCACCUGGGAGCCUUGUUCAUGCCGCAUGGGCUGGGACACUUUCUCGGCAUCGACACGCAUGAUGUUGGCGGAUACAACAAUGCGGAGAGGUCGAAUGAGCCAGGGGCCAAGUCUCUUCGCACCACACGGACCUUGGAACCCGGCAUGGUCAUCACGGUCGAGCCAGGAUGCUACUUCAUCGACUCUCUCUUGGAUCCCGCUCUUGCGGACCCGGCUGUAGCCCGCUUCCUUGUGCCUGAGAGACUUGCUCAGUUUCGAGGCUUUGGCGGUGUGAGGCUGGAAGAUGACGUGGUGGUAACAACAGAGGGUAUCGACAACCUGACCAGGUGCCCUCGUGAUGCGGCUGAUGUGGAGGCAGUAAUGGCAGGCAAGCCGUGGCCCUCUGCUCUGGACACGUUCCAGUGA